UCCUGACAUUAACAUUGUUAUCAACAUUGUUAUCUUAACACCCAAUUAGUACAUUGUAAUACACUUCACUGACUUGUUUUGUUUCUUCUUGUCUUUCAGAAAAUGUCUUUUGCUCCCCUUUUCCGGUUCGAACCCUCUUCCUCCGAGCUCACCCUUCGCCCCUCUGAUGCCGCUGACGCAGUGGCAAGCAAACGCCAGGCCUCUACCACUGGGUCUCAGGUGAAGAGGGGUGAUGUGGUUCGAGCCGAGGCGAGGGCCAGAGCCCUGCAGAAGGGUGGCAUGUCGGGCGAGUUUGUGCUGGCGGAGAGCGAGGUGCAGUUUGGCCUGUACCGCGGCCAAACUUUCCAGUGGCUGCUGGGAAAUGCGGUGGGGUACGCCGUCACCAUCUUGGUGUCCCACCAGAUGGAGAGAGAGGGAGGAGACACCAGCAAGUCGCCCCUCAUGGAGAACAAGGACGCCCUCGCCUCCUACGCCGGGCUGUUCCCACCCAUGGUGACGGCCGUCGCCAGGCGUAGGUUGUGCGAGGGCUCCGCGUCUUCCAGGGGGCUGGACGACGCGCUGGUGGGGUUCGGGGUGCAUUCACACCGGACCUACAAGUCCCUGUAUGGCGCGCGGGACCAAGAGAGUCGAACCUAUGUGGCUUGGGUCAGGACGCAGAAGGUGGGAGCUACUGCGUCAAGGAUGGGAACCCUGAAGCAGUAUGUGCUGGCCCGGGACGCUGAGCCCACAGCAGCACCGGAGCCAGGACAUGUCCUCCCACGGCGUCUCCUACUCUGA